AUGGGUUCGGAUUGCGAUAUGCUCCUGGAAACAUUGCAGAGGGUGAAACAACUCAACUUUUGCCCGAAUCGCAUAUGGGCUGUUGCAGGGGAGAAAUUACCGGAGCUUGUGCCAGAUUUCGACAUAAUCCCAGGAACCGGAGACAAUCUUGACGAGCAUGAGAACUACAAUGAGCAUAACGAGUGCACACCCAAUUUUUGCGAAUAUUCUCAGCGUGAUUUUACAGCUGUUCAGCAGCGUCAUGAGUGCAAGGAGGCUAACUGUCGACAACUGCGUGACCGUUUUUCGAGGGUUAUGCUAGAGAGAGCUGUACGCAAUGGAAAGCCAACGGUGUGGAAUUUGGCUGGAGACUGUUUGCUCGAACCUCCUCAGCCAUAUAUGGCUAUUUCUCACGUUUGGUCGGAUGGAACCGGAACCGGAGCCUGGAAAGACGGCGAUGUCAACGAGUGCCUGUAUACAUUUUUCCAAGAUAUUGCAAAACAAUUCCAAUGCGACGGAAUAUGGUGGGACACACUGUGCAUUCCCCGUGAAAAGGCAGCCCGUAUCAAAGCUCUCCAACAGAUGCAGACCAGUUACGAGGACGCCCGAAUCACCUUAGUGCACGAUAGUUUCCUCCGAAACUGGGAAUGGGAUCCUAAAACCGCAUGUUUUGCCAUACUGAUGUCGCCUUGGUUCAGCCGAGGCUGGACCGCUUUGGAAUUGACCAAGUCGCGCAAAGUAAAGGUGAUCUUCAGAGGAUAUCGUGGCCCUAUAAUCAAGGAUCUUGACGAAGAGAUUCUCGGAAAGGAUGACGACCCUAAUGGCCCCCGUAAGGAAGCAUCUUGGAUUAUUAGGAAUCUCCGGAAGAAAUUCACGACACUAAAUGACCUCUUGACUGUGUUGAGCUCGCGGUAUACGUCUUGGCCUAAGGACAUAGCCAUCAUCUCUGCACUCUUAGUGGGCAUUGUACCAAAUGAGCGACAGCAGGACACUUAUAAGAGUAUUUUGACAAAAUUCGGCCGGCUUUCGCCAGGACACCUCUUUCAUAACUCCAUAACGAUGUCCAAAGGAUUCAGCUGGUGUCCGGCCAAACUAUUUGACAUGCCUUUAGACUCCUCUGACCCCAGUUUAACUAUUUCUGAAGGCGGCGACGUCCAAGGGAAGUGGCGUAUUAUUCCUGUUGGGGCCGAACUCGAAAUGAACUGCUGGUGGGGUAGCACGCAUUCUCUGAUAAGACGGCAGCUCAAAUAUGCCCUUACCAGAAACCGUCAAGACUGCCACCUCUUAGCCGAAUGCGGUACUGUGCCGAUAGGAAGGGCUUUGCUUGUGAGAAAAAUGCAAGGGACCUCCCGCUACCAAUAUAUUGGUGCGGUGUACCUCCGUCAGGAGCUAAGGGAGAAGAAUGAUCAAUGGAUCGAAACGACAGUGACAAUAUCAGGUUAUCGUGAUGACAUGGAAAUGAGUUCUGUUCAUCCAGGUAAUAAUCAACCAGGAGACAAGGAAGACGCAUCCCAUUUGAAUCUGGAGAAAGAGAAUCCGUCAAACGUUACUUCUAAAACCGAGAGACUUCACUGUGCCAUAUGGAGAGGGGAUUACCACACAUUCCACAAGCUAAUCGAAGAGUCCAGCCUGGAUGUCCCGGAUCAACUUGGCCGGCGCCCUCUACAUCUUGCAUCGGAACGUGGACACAAGCAGAUGGUCGAAGAUUUAGUACGUUAUAAAGUUGAUUUGGACGUACGGUGCGAUAAUGGUCAGACUGCGUUGCAUCGCGCUGCUUGGGCUGGCUCCACUGCCGUCGUGAGAGUCCUGCAAGAUAGAGUCGAUGAAAUGGCAAAGGACAAGGCUGGUAAUACUGCAUUGCAUAUAGCAGCGCAGAUGGGAUUUGCGUCCGUUGUGAAAUUGCUUAUUAAGAAAAGCCCUGUUAAUAUGGAGGGCUAUAACAAUUUGACGCCCAUUCACUUCGCGGUGAUGAACGAGCAUAGGACAGUGGUGGAGUUGCUCAAAGAUGCCGACGUUGAAGCUAAAGAUUAUAUGAUUGGUUGGACAUCGCUACAUUGCGCAGCCGAUAACGGGGACCAAGAUAUAGUCAAACUACUGAUUCACCGCGGCGCGGAAGUCAACGUGCAAGACGAUCGAGUAGGUUGGACACCUCUACAUCUGGCGGCAAUGAAUGGGCACAGGCUGGUCGUUGGUCUUCUGCUCAGGAACGGCGCCAAAAUUACGAUUAAAGACAAAUACGACUGGACACCUCAACGAUUCGCUGAAAUAAAUGGACACACAGAGGUAUUUAAGCUACUGCACGAUAAGAGCGCCGAUGCUAUCUUCGCAAAUGAAGUACGUUGGACACCUCUGCACUGCAAGGCGAUAAACAACGAGCGGGGGUUCGUCAAAACACUGGCAUACAGCGGUUCUGAGGUCUUUUUCAGUGAGAAGGAUAAAAGCUGGACGCCACUGCAAUUCGCGAUAGAGAACGGACUCGAAACCGCGAUCCGACGGCUGCUUGAGGUGGGCUUCAAUAUCAAGACAAAGUAUGGCCAGACGUCGCUACACUGGGCUGCCGAGCACGGGCACAAGGCGUUCGUGCGGCUGAUGCUCGAGAAGGGUGUUGAUAAAGAGGCCGAAUCCCUGUUUGGCGGAGCGCCGCUGCACUGUGCCGCCGAGCGCGGCUAUGGUGAAGUUGCGCAGCUCCUCCUUGAGGCAGGCGCCGAUAAGGACUCUAAAGCUCGGGAUGGGUGCACACCGCUGCAUAGGGCCGCGUCAAACGGGCACGAAGUGGUAGUGCGGCUCCUCCUUGAGGUUGGCGCUCACAGAGAGGCUAAAACCCGAGAUGACCGCACACCUCUACAUAAGGCCGCCGAGAGCGGGCACGAGGCAAUCACGCAGCUGCUGCUUGAGAACGGCGCGGAUAAGGAAGCUAAAGACGCAGAUAACCAAACGCCGCUGCAUGACGCCGCUAAGAGCGGACACGAGGCGGUCGCGCGGCUGCUAGUCAAGGCGGGUGCCGACAAGGACUCCAAAGCUCGAAAUGGCAACACGCCGCUGCAUAGGGCCGCGUCUGGCGGGUAUGAAGUGGCAGUGCGACUCCUUCUUAAGGCAGGCGCUUUCAGAGAGCCAAAAACUCUAGAUGGCUCCACGCCACUGCAUAACGCCGCCCAGGCCGGGCAUGAAGUAGUCGCGCGGCUGCUACUCGAGGCAGGCGUCGACAAGGAAGCAAUACGCUGGGAUGGUUGUACGCCGCUGCAUAGGGCCGCCAUAGGCGGGCAUGAGGCAGUAGUGUGGCUGCUACUCGAGAAUGGCGCUGAUAAAGAAGCUAUAGCUUGGAAUCGCCACGGCGUUUUGCAUUGCUGCACUCCGUUACAUGGAGCCGCCAUAGGCGGUCACGAGGCAGUCACGCAGCUGCUACUAGAGAAGGGCGCCGACAUGGAGGCUAAAGACUCGGACGGCUACACGCCGCUGCAUAGAGCUGCUAUAGGCGGGCACGAGGCAGUCGCGCAGCUGCUACUCGAGAAGGGCGCCGACAGGAAGGCUAAAGACUCGAACGGCUGCACGCCACUGCAUAGGGCCGCGUCUCGCGGGCAUGAAGUGGUAGUGCGGCUCCUUGAGGCCGGCGCUCACAGAGAGGCUAAAGCCCGAGAUGAUCGCACACCUCUACAGUCAUAUUCGAAAUCAGUUUUAACUCCACACUCUUGCGUCUUGAUUCACGAACCCUAA